ACCAAAUCCUUGGUUUCUUUGUGGAAGGAUUCCAGAACGCCAAGAAGAUAUCGGCGACGAUGGACGCGGUCCCAGAGCGCUUCGCCGGCCUCGAAGAGGACUACAUCGACUGCAAGCGCACGAUCAACAACUGCAUACACGACCUCACCCAGACCGAGCAGAAGAACGCGGCGCGGCAGUUGGCGCAGGCCACGAUCGUCGAGGCGCAGCGCUGUCUCAAGCUCAUGGCAGUCGAGGUCCGCGGCCGAUCGCCCACUCUUCGCAAGGAGAUGCAAGCCAAGAUUAACGUCUACCGCGACGAAAUCGCCGGCUUCCAGCGCGACCUGGAACGGGCCAUGCUCCUGGCCAAGACGACGCCGCCGUCAGCCGCCGCCGCCUCCAGCGCCAACGACGCGGCGCGCUACGACCGCAUCGUGACCAACACUAAUCGGCUGCAGCGGUCGUCGGACCAGCUCGAGCAGUCAAAGCGCAUCGUUGCUGAGACGGAGCAGAUCGGAAUCACGGUCAUGGACACGCUCGCCCAGCAGCGCGAGACGCUCCUCUCGACCCACGACAAGGUGCGCGAGACGCGGGAGCUCACGGGCGACGCCCGGCGCGUGCUCUUGCGCAUGAGCCAGCGCGUGCUCACCAACAAGAUCACUCUCUGGUUCGUCAUCGUCGUGCUCGUCAUUUCGAUCUGCCUUGUGUUUUACCACGACUUUAUCCACCCCAUCUCGAUGGCGCUGGGCGACUAAUACACUGUGCUCUCUUUGGUUCAUAA